AUGAGCUACCACCACAAGCAAAAGGCGGAGAACCCAAAGAACGAAAAGCUGGCGCAAGCCUUUGACGACUUGGCGGCGUAUGAGUUCCAGCACGGGGGGCUCAACACGGCCGUGGGGGCGUCAUACUCGAAGAUCGCCAUGGCCAUCCGAGAUGUGGACGACGAGAUCACGAGCGGGGAAGUAGCGAUGAACUAUCGCGACAUUGGGCCCAAAACGGCCGCGAUGAUUGACGAGUACUUUGAAAAGGGCGAGAUUUCCAAGCCCCCGACCAAGGAAAUGCACGGGGGGCACCACCACCACCACCAUGGCAAGGAGUCGUCGCACCACAAGACUUCGCACCACCGCCACGAGCAUCACGGCAAGGCCUCCCCCCGCAACGACGACGACGACGAGGAGGUCGAAUCCUUACGUCACAAGAUGCGAAGUAAGUUGCCAGCUACAAACCCCAAGAACCACGAGCUCGCGAAUGCGUUUGAGGACUUGGCCGAGUACGAUUUUCAUCGCGGUCAAGUGAGCGCCGGCGCGGCGUACUCGAAGGUGGCGAUGGCUAUUCGCGACGCGCGACAGGAGAUUACGAGCGGCCAGCAAGCGUUCGAGGAGGUGGACGGCAUUGGACAGAAGAGCGCUGCCAAGAUUGACGAGUACUUGGAAAUGGGCCACAUCGCCAAGAGUGACGAGGGGUCCCCCGACGAAGAAGAAGAAGGGACCUCGAAGUACCACCACAAGAAGCAUGGCCAUAAGGUGCAUUAG